UACCACACAUUCUGAUGGCACACAAGGUGAGAGACCAUAUCUGUGUGCAGAGGAAAAAGGAAACAUAAACUCAUUUUUUUUUAUAUUUUGAUCAUUUAUGAGUGUCACAGUUGGCCUAAUAAUAUUCAAAUUACAAUGAAAAGUCCAUGACUGGGAAGUUAACAUUUAUUGCCACAAAAAUAACUCAAUUGAUUCUCCAGGGUAAAGCAGGUUCCUCUUCUGCAGAGACCAAUAUGUCUACAAAUUCCAUAAUGCAGUACAUUAUGCACACACAUGAUAUGUAUGAUGAGCUCUGUGAAAGCAACCUCCGUGAAAGAGAAAAAACUCUGUCAGUAGAGACCCAGGCCAAACUCAAAGAGCUGGCUGGCCUGAAAAAACAAUAUGAACUGAGUGGAGAGAGACAUAAAGCGUCACUCGUCCAAAAGGAGGCUGAUGAACUAAAGGACAAAUGCAAGUGGGAGCAGGAUGACAUUGAGAUGUGUUUAGGGGGUCUUCAGAUGUCCAGGAACAAAAGGAAGAUUAUUCUUCAGUGGAAGACUGGAGGCGAGGACAUCAACAGAUCUCCCAACCCCUUUAUUGUCAAAAACUCAACUGCUGAGCAUGUCUUUAAUCUUACAUGGGAAACCCUUCAGAAGGUUUAUCCAAAGCCAGAAUUGCAGGCAGCUCAAAGUCAGACAGGAUCUAACAGAUGCAAGGACAAAAUCAUUAAGCAAGUCUUAAGGCAGUGUGGACUGCAAAAGAUUAAGAAGCGAAAUCAAAACAUUCAGGAACGUUUAGAAGAUGAACAACAUUAUUUUUCUCUGAGGGUGGCUGAGGAGGUCUUUCAGAACUUGAUGAGGAAAUCGGAGGAGACACUGAACAAGUUAAGAUGUUUAAGGAUCAGCCAAUAAGUCAAUAAACCUAUUGACUUA